CAAAAGUAUAUGUAAAGUAUCUAAAAUUCAUUUCCUAGGUUUACAGAGAGUAAAAGCCUCAGUGUGAAAGUUAAAGAAAUCUUCAAAAGAAUGACAAAGAACAUCUGCCAUCUUGUUAUUUGAACUUUUUAUUUAACAUAUUAAGAUUAGGAGCUUAAAUAUAAAAAGUUUCUCAUAACUGUUAUUGAAGAAUUUACAUUGGAUAUAAACUUAAUUAAGAGAGAGAAUGAAAAUAGUAAAUAUUGUAAUUAUUAUAUUAGUAAGAAUUGAGUUUUUGCGUUGAGAAAAUCAUUUUCUUAUCUCAUAUCUAUUUAUUUGUUUUUUUUUUGAUUUUGUAAUUGAUUUAAUAAGUAGGAUAGAAUAGAGUAAUAAAUUAAGGGAAAGAGAUGGAAAUAUUGGAGUAAAAAUUUUUGAUGAUCGUUUAAAAUAAAAAUAUUGUUAUUAAUAAUUAUAAGUAUAGAAACUAGAAAUAAAUUGUAAAUGAACAAAUUAGAAUCAAUUGA